CGGUACAGUGACAGGCGCUGAUGUGGCAGUAAAGGCGGGUCUGAGGAGGAGGAAACCCGGGAGGAGGAAGAGAGGCCUCACUCAGACCUCGGCCUGUCCCCGUGCCCCUCCCCUGCAGGCCACGCUCAGAUCCCGGCCUGUCCCCACGCUCGCCUCUGGGAGGCCGCGCUCAGACCCCGACCGGUCCCCGCGUUUCUGCCUGGUGGGCCCCGCUCAGACCCCGGCUGGUCGCUCACCAUGGACGCCAUGUGGCUGCUCUCCGGGGCCUGCGUGAUCUUCACUCUCGGCAUGUUCUCCAGCGGCCUGUCGGACCUGCGCACGAUGGUCUCAAAGCAAAGUGUGGACAAUAUCCAGUUCCUACCGUUUCUAACCACAGAUCUGAAUAAUCUGGGGUGGCUGUAUUAUGGAUACCUAAAGGGGGACGGGACUCUCAUCACGGUGAAUUCGAUUGGAGCCUCUCUGCAGACCCUCUAUAUAGUGGCCUAUAUCUUCUAUUGUGACAAGAAGCGCAACGUGCUGUGCCAGGUCCUGCUGUCCGCGAGCGUCCUGUUUCUGGCGUACAGUUACUUCUAUGUGUGGAUAACGGAUAUCGGUGUGCGUUUGAAUCAGCUGGGCCUGUUCUGCAGCAUGUUCACAAUCGGCAUGUACCUGUCUCCGCUGGCCGACCUGGCUAAGAUAAUCCGGACCAAAUCCACCAAGUGUCUGUCGUUUCCACUGAGCGUGGCCACGUUCCUCACCUCCUCCUCCUGGGUGCUGUACGGUUGGGAGCUCCGUGACCUGUACAUUAUGAUUCCGAACCUCCCCGGGAUCGUGACCAGCAUUCUGCGUUUCUGGCUAUUCUGGAAGUACCCUCCGGAUAAGCCCUCCUACCCCUACCUGCAGGCCUGACGGCGACCGCCGCGCAGGAGGCAAUCGGCGCUUCGCUACGUCGAUGGCAUCAUGUGCCUAUAAUCUUCAGAAGACUCGGCAGUCACAGGGC